CGUAGCUACGGGUAUCAUCCUAGUAUGUAUAUAAAGAUUUUGUGCAAGUAAAGGAAACAUUGUCAUAUAGUUGUGAAGUACAUUUUCGAGCGUGCAUUGAGGAGGUUUGCAGACAUUUUGAUGGAAGCUAAAAGCCAAAGCAUAAUGGCCGAUUCAUAUGCUAUGAACGGAGGAGAUGGACCUUACAGCUAUGCCCAGAACUCAAUGUAUCAGGGAUGCCUUAUCAUUUUGUGCAGAGAGGAAUUAUGGAGACCGCCAAACGUAUGAUCAAUGAGGAAAUCGCCAUGAAACUUGACAUUCAAAAACUUUCAUUAGCAGCUUCAGAGCCAAUAAGGAUUGCAGACUUAGGUUGCUCUUGUGGACCCAAUACAAUUCUGGCAAUCCAAAAUAACUUAGAGGCACUAAAGCGCAAGUUCCAAACCCAUCCAACUCCUGAAUUCCAGGUUUUCUUCAAUGACCAAGUUAGCAACGACUUCAAUUCACUGUUUGCAUCACUUCCAGAACUUGGGAGGCAAUACUAUGCAGCUUGUGUUCCAGGUUCUUUCCAUGUCCGCCUAUUUCCCACGGCUUCCCUGCAUUUUGUUUACUCAUCAUGUGCACUCAAUUGGCUCUCUAAGGUGCCAAAAGAAGUCGUAGACAAAACUGAUCCUGCCUGGAAUCAGGGUCGGAUUCAUUACACAGGUGCACCAAAGGAAGUCUUUGAAGCUUAUUCGGAUCAAUUUGCCAAGGACAUAGGCUCAUUUUUACAGGCAAGAGUGAAAGAGCUUGCGCCUGGCGGGUUAAUGGCUCUUGUUAUACCCGCUGUUCCUGAUAUGAUCUCCCACCCUCAUAUUACAACAGGAUCAGAGUUUGAACUUGUGGGUUCUUGCCUCAUGGACAUGGCCAAAAUGGGAAUAGUAAGUGAGGCGAAGAUUGAUACUUUCAACUUGCCAAUUUACUACACGUACCCAAAAGAAUUGCGGCAAAUUAUAGAGGGAAACGGAUGUUUCAGCAUUGAGAGAAUGGACAUAUUGAACAUCCCAAAGCAGCACAUAGCCAUGCCUGACCUAAGACAGCGAACGCUGUACAUAAGAGCUGCCCUGGAAGCACUUAUUGAGAAACACUUCGGAAAGAAAAUCAUUGAUCCACUCUUCGAGAUGUACUCACGGAAGCUUUCGGCGUCGCCCAUUUUCUUGAACCCGGAAAACCAGAAAACAACUGCAAUCUUCGUCCUCCUCAAGCCUAUAUAAUAUAAAUUAAGAAGGAAUAAUUAUCUCAUUCUCAGUAGAGAUUGAAGAAAGUUUCCUCUUUUUAUUGAAUAAACAGUUUCAUUGUUAUUAAUACCAUUCUACCACGCAUUCGUAAUUGGUCGAUAUGAAAGGGAAAGUGGCUGUGAUUAAAGCUAGUAGAGGUGGCAAAAUGGGUGAGUUUGGGUAGCUUUGGUUGGUUCAAACUCGGGGUUGAGUUUAUUUACAUAUGAAUUCAUUUCGAGUUCGAAUCAUUCUGAAUUAACUCAAAUACGUCAUUUUUUUUAAUUUAAUUACAUUUGAUUCUGGAUUGAUUUUAA